CUUAAGUUAACUUCCGGUCUUGUCUCUUAUUUUCUUUUUUUUUACGUGACCCACCUCCAGUGACCGUAAGUCGUUGAAAGUUUGGAGAAGUCAAAGCUGCACAUCUAAAAUGAUGGCUUCAAGUUUCAGGGACUGCAAGGCAUGGAGAGCAGGUGGUCUUCCAUUGUCCACCAGCAGUAAUGAGGCUUGCAAACUAUAUGACGCCAUACUUACUCAGUUUGUGAAAUGGCGGAAUGAUGAAACCUUGGGGGGAUUUGAAGGAUGCAUUUCUGCUCUCCAGGAAGCUGACCCUAACUUCGUUAUGGGCCAUGUGAUCAGUACGGGGCUGGAGCUGGUGUCAACGACGAGCUCCACCCGUCUGAAUGAGCGUCUGGCCAGCGCUGUGAGGCGAACUGUGGAGCUGGCCAACAGCCAGGAUAUCUCUCCCAGAGAGAAGCUGCAUGUCAAGGCUAUGGAGCUCUUUUCACGUGGACAUUUUCCCAAGGCCUGCGAUGUAUGGGAAGACAUUCUGGUUGAUCACCCCACCGACAUGCUGGCUCUCAAGUUUGCUCACGAUGCUUACUUCUACAUGGGAGCCCAAACCCAGAUGAGGGACUCUGUGGCCAGGGUGCUGCCUCACUGGAAACCACAUAUGCCUUUGUUCAGCUAUCUAAAUGGGCUGUAUUCCUUUGGUCUCCUGGAGACUCGCCUCUAUGACCAGGCUGAGAAAGUAGCCAUGGAGGGUCUCGCUCUGACUCCAGAUGACGCUUGGGCUGUCCAUUCUGUAGCCCAUGUUUAUGAGAUGAAGGCAGAGGUGGACAAAGGCUUGAAGUUCAUGGAAAGUAGAGAGAAAGAUUGGCAGGUAUCUGACGUGCUGGCCAGUCAUAACUAUUGGCAUUGGGCUCUAUACUUCAUCGAGAAGGGGCAAUACGAAGCUGCUCUGCAAAUAUACGAUUCUCAGGUAUUCAGACGUUGCAAAGCCACAGGAUCCAUGUUGGACACUGUAGAUGCCUGUUCAAUGCUCUGCAGACUGGAAAUGGAGGGUGUGUGCGUGAAGGACCGUUGGCGAGAGCUGCUCCAGGUUACACAGCCUCACACCGAUGAUCACGUGACCUUGUUUAACGACAUGCACUUCCUCAUGGCGUCGCUGGGAGCUAAAGAGAGCGGGACUUCUCAGCGUCUGCUGGAGGGCCUCCAGGAAUUAGCUAAAGAGCCAGGGGACAAUCAGCAACAUCAGCUGGCAGGGACUAUAGGUGUUCCAAUGUGUCAGGCCAUUAUGGAGUACGACCAGGGCAACUACAAUCGAUCUGUGGAGCUACUGUACCCUUUACGUUACCGCGUGGUAGAGAUAGGUGGCAGUGAUGCACAGAGGGAUAUCUUCAACCAACUGCUCAUUCAUGCAGCCAUGAAAUCGGAGAAUAAGCGCCAUCAGAAACUAGGAAGAUGUCUUCUGGUGGAGCGCGAUGCCAUGAGGCCAAGCUCCCCUCUGACUGAGCGGCUGAUGCAGAGAGCCUUGGCUCUUCACAACUAGACUGUAUUGCGGUUCCCAUGCAAAAAACAUCAAACACCGUAAUCUGAUAUGCCAGUGUUUAGCUUUAGGAGACUCCUUUACCAACUGGUAGAAACCUGGCACUGGCCAAGACAUCUGAAACUUAUUAUACAACUCUCUUUUCAAUGUAGAGCUCAGUGCCCUUUUAGAUUUGGGACUUUUUUAAGCUUUGUAAGUGAACACAUUUGCACUUACAAAGCACAUUUCACAAGAUUAUAAGCUAAUAU